AUGGGCCCAUGGUCCACUGGCCCAUCUGAUACGGGAUAUUAUGUAGGUCGGGUGGCCCGUAUAAUACAGAAUUUGUCACUGAAGGGGCUCGACAAUGGGCUGCUUCUUGUGGCCGCAAUGAUAAAGGGUGUCAUCAGUGGAUUUCGCGAUACCGGCACCGACAAAGUCCCUGACCUCUCCGCAGAUAAAUAUAGGGCCAACUUCAACAUUGCGAAACUUGAAGAGAUGCUGGAGGAGUGGGCUAUGACUGGGAUGGGUGACCGUUGUUUUGACGACGAUGAUGCGGGAGGCAGUGAUAUGGAGGAUGUCAAUGUCAUCCUAUAA